AGUAUGAAGCUGUUUCCACCCGAACUAAAUUUUAAAGCGAACUUCCAGCUGUUGAAAAAAAAAAUCCUAACACCUUGGUUUCCUUUUUUAUUGUGUACAUUUUUGCCAUUUCAGCUUUGAUUUUGUAUUGCGCAGCGGCUUUAAUAUUAGAACCUGGUCGCCAUGCGCGAUAUGCAUAAGGUUAACAGCUAGCAUCGGACCGAACCGCCUGUUUUGUCGCGUUUCGUUGUAAAAAGGAAAGAAGAAAAAAAACAAAACAUGGAGAAAUUUGAAGGAUACAUGUUCACGGCUCUGUGCAGCACCAACUUCUUGGUGUCCUGCCUGCUUUUUUCCAGAGUGACUCGAGAGCAGAGGGAGCCUUAUAUGGACGAGAUCUUCCACGUCCCGCAGGCUCAGAGAUACUGCGAGGGGAAAUUCAACGAGUGGGACCCCAUGAUCACCACCCUCCCUGGCCUUUACCUGGUCUCAGUGGGCAUCAUCAAGCCGAUGGUGUGGCUCGCCGACCUGACAGGGGGUGUAGUGUGCUCCACCGCCAUGCUGCGCUUCAUCAACCUACUGUUUAAUUGUGGAAACCUCUACCUGAUCUACCUGUUGAUCUCCAAGCUCCACCACAGGGAGAAGACCCGAACGACCACCAGGAGAGUCCUCUCAGCGCUGUCUCUCUCCACCUUCCCUGUGCUUUAUUUUUUCAACUUCCUCUACUACACAGACGCCGGCUCCACCUUCUUCAUCCUCUUCGCGUACCUCAUGACGCUGUACGGCUGCCACAAAGCCUCUGCGCUGCUCGGCGUCUGCUCCGUGCUCUUCCGCCAGACCAAUAUCAUCUGGGUGGCGUUCUGCGCCGGCACACUGGUGGCCACCAAGAUGGACGAGGCCUGGAGGACGGAGCAUUCGAAGAAGAGAGAUGAGAAGUCUCCACCCUCACAGGUUCCUCUGUCGCUGAGCGGGGCUAAGAAAGUGACGGGAUUCUUGUUGGAGUUCCUCACCUCGCCUGGACACGUAAAGGCGGUGCUGCAGGUGGCCUGGCCUUAUGCUGUGGUGGGCGUGGCUUUCCUGGCGUUUGUGCUGUUGAACGACGGGAUAGUGGUGGGCGACAGGACGAGCCACGAAGCCUGCCUUAACCUCCCCCAGCUCUUCUACUUCUUCUCCUUCUCCCUCUUCUUCUCCCUCCCCGUCUCGCUCUGCUACCACCGCGCCCUCCGCUUCCUCCAUGGUCUGAGGAAGCAGCCGUUCUUCUUCCUCUUCGUCACCACUGUUUCCCUGCUCCUCGUUUGGAAGUUUACGUUUGUCCACAAGUACCUCCUGGCAGAUAACCGUCACUUCCCCUUCUACGUGUGGAAGAAAGUCUUCCAGAGGCACGAGCUGGUUCGCUUUCUCCUCGUCCCGGCGUACGUUUUUGCCGGGUGGAACUUUCUAGACUCCUUUAAGUCCCGCUCCCUCUUCUGGACUCUGGCCUACCUGGCGUGUCUCCUGUGCGCCACGGUUCCCCAGAAGCUCCUGGAGUUUAGGUACUUCAUCGUACCGUACCUGAUGUACCGCCUCCACAUGCCGCUCCCAUCUCUUCCGCGGCUGGUCGUGGAGUUCCUGCUGUACACUGCCGUUAACGCAGCCACCAUCUACAUCUUUGUGGCGAAAACCUUCCACUGGCCAGACAGCACGGCCACACAGAGGUUCAUGUGGUGAAGAGGCGGCAUCUCCUCAGAGAUCCAGUAGAUUCAGCAGUAACCGGCAUUAAUAACUCAACAAAAAUCUGUUAGUUUAACAGCAAUCUGGGUCUAAGUGACUGAAUAACUGAGCCUGAUUCCAAAAGAGUCGGCUUAUACCAACAAAGACGACAGUCUGGAAGAGGAUCUAACAUUUGGAAAACUCCUUCAGCUCUUCUUUGAGGUUCUUUACAGUUGAAUCGUUAAUUUUCUUCAUUCUGAAGAAGCAAAAUAUCCUGAGAAGUAUUGAAAGUGACAGAAUUCAAACAGGAAAAACGAAUGUAUCACAUAUAACGCUUUAAAGAAUCAGAAUUUGAUGCAAGAUAAUCCAGUUCAGAGUUGAGAUUAUGACGGAUUCUGAAAUACAGCAGAUCUAGAUGGGUCCAGAUGGCAGUACAGGGAAAUAUUAUGGAUUUUCAGGAAAUAAAAGCAAAGUGUUGGUGAAGAUUCUCUGAUUUACAAAGAGAGGAUGGAGUUAUCUACCAUAGCAACCAUCCAUCAGCUGAUGGGGAACCUUUUUGUACACAACAGAUGGUAUGAAAUAAUUUCUGGUUCCUUCUGUCUACCUUGGUUACUGAUUUCUAACUGUAAGAGUAACGUAGUGUUGUACAUAUCUAAAACUUGCUGUGCACUGCAGGUGCAGCUGGCUCAACUACACUUGGCUUACAAGAAAGAAACAUUCUGCUGCAUGGAUCCACGUUUGCAUUGAUGCUUCUUUUGUGAUUAUUUAGGUUUUAUGCGGAUUAUUCUUCAACCAGGUUAAUAAUCUGAAAUUAGAACCAAAACAAAUGCAAAUGGGGAAAUAAAAGACAUUGUUUCUGGGUGAAUGAACUGAACGGGAGCUGAAUGAAGAGACCAAAAAAAUGCUUUUUGUUUUUGCCAAGUGAAGAACACUGACAUUCCAGAUUUACAUUCCCAGGACUGUUAGCUGACAUAUGAAGGGUAGAAAUGUUUCCUACACCUAAAGCCAUGUAGAUCCACUGGAGAUAAAACCGAAAACCUGUCUUUGUGUGUUUAGUUGGUUUUAUUGGUGAAUCGUUGCAUUCUGUGAGGUUUUUGUCCCUCAUUUUGUGUACAUGCAAUUACUUUUGCAGCGUCUGACAAUGUUAUUUUCUAUGUCUAGUCAGGUUAGCAUCAUAGAUUAGUCCCUGGACGUCUACAGCAGCAUGCAGAGGUCUUUAUAAAUCACCUGCUUGAAGAUCAGCUUAGAGGUCUUCAUCUUUUCCUUUUUUUUUAUAUGCGGUUUGAGAUCAGUAAAAGAGUGCUAAGACUCCUCAAGUUCUUGGAUUUCUAAUUGGUGCAAACUCCUGGAAGGUGCUGCUUUCACUUGUUGAUUCUAAAAUUGUACACUUGAUCUUUGAUUUCUUUUAAACCUUUUCCUCACUGUAUUGUGAUCUUUCUGUGUCUCCUUGUGUGAAAUUCUUGAUACAGCUUUGAUUAAAACGUU